AUGGGCUGGCUAUUGGCUUCUAAAGUGUUUAACGUGCCACAAUCGACUCUUAUAAGACAUGCACUGAAACAAAAUAAAGUCUUAGCUCCAACUACAAAAGGUAUGGGUAGGUACAGGAGUGUUUUCACAUAUGAAAUGGAACGAGAACUGGUAGAACAUAUAAAAAUACUAGAAACGAGAUUGUUUGAAUUCACAAGAAAGGAAGUUUUGGAAUUAGCGUACCAGUUUGCAGACGUUAAUAAUAUUCCUCAUAACUUCAACAAUGAAAAAAGAUGGCAGGCAAAGAAUGGUUGGCUGGAUUUCGACGCAGACACCCGGACAUAUCCUUGA